AAUAUAGCGGUGAAUUGUAACACGCACGUAGGAUAAAUUUGGAAGUGCUAAGUUUUUUAGCUGUUUAUUAAUACAAGUUGUAGAAAGAACAAACUUAUUAUUACUAUGGCUUCAGCGAAUAUGUCGCACAUAUUAUUUAAAGUGAUAUUUGCGACCCACAUCUGUUUUGUGAUUAUUUCUUUAUUUAUACAGUGGACACAUGGUCAGUGUUCGUCACAUCAAUUUACCUGUGCUAAUGAAAGGUGUAUUCCCAUGACGUGGCAUUGUGAUGAAGACGACGAUUGUGGAGACAGAUCUGAUGAAAUAAACUGUGAGUUAAGAACUUGCUCAUCAACAGAAUUUCAAUGUGACAACCAAAAGUGUGUACCAACCAGAUGGCAGUGUGACAAUGAAGAUGACUGUGGGGACAAGUCUGAUGAAAAUCCAGCCAUUUGCAGUAACAAAACCUGUGGACCUGAGGAUUUUACCUGUUUAUCAAGUGAAGGUACUUGUAUACCUAACACAUGGAGAUGUGAUGGUCAGAGUGAUUGUCCAGAUGCAUCUGAUGAAAAUACAGAUUGUCACCAGGUAACUUGCACAGCAGAAGAAUUUACUUGUUUAAACAAAAAAUGUAUCACAUCACGUUGGGUCUGUGACCAAGAUGACGACUGUGGAGACAGUAGCGAUGAAGCAAAUUGUCCAAAUGUAACUUGCUCUUCAACGGAGUUUAUGUGUGACAACGGGAAGUGCAUACCAGAUCGUUGGCAUUGUGAUGGUGAUGUGGACUGUUCAAAUAGUACUGAUGAGAAAAAUUGUCCUACGGAAGGCCUUCCAUCACCAUGUGAAGCCAGAGAGUUCACGUGUGCUAACCAGAGAGACUGUAUCCACAUUUCCUGGCAAUGUGAUGGAGACACUGACUGCCCUGAUGAAUCGGAUGAAAAAAAUUGCACCAUUACGUGUCGACCUGACCAAUUUCAAUGUAAGAACCAUCACUGUAUUCCUGGACAUUUACAGUGUAAUGGGGAAAAAGAAUGCCCUGAUGGAUCAGAUGAGGAAGAAUGCCCAGUGUUACACAAGUCAUGUGACCCAGAGACUCAGUUUGACUGUGGUGAUAAUCACUGUAUCCCUAUGAAUUUAGUGUGUAAUAACAAGAAUGACUGUGGGGAUUGGGAGGAUGAACCUGACCAUUUGUGCAAUCAGAAUGAAUGUGAAGAUAAUAAUGGAGGAUGUUCUCAAAAGUGUAUAAACACGGCUGUUGGUUUCCACUGUUCUUGCUUUGAAGGCUAUAAACUUGUAGAUAAUAAAACUUGUGAAGAUAUCAACGAGUGUGAAAUACAGGGAUCCUGCUCACAAGGAUGUGUGAAUACCAAAGGCAGUUAUAAGUGUGAUUGUAUUGAAGGUUAUGUUUUGGAACCAAGUAAUCACCAUAGAUGCAGAGUAUCAGAAGGAGGUGCAGUAUUACUUUUCAGUAACCGACGAGAUGUACGAAAACUUGACCUAGAAAGCUCAGAAUAUAAAGCUGUUAUUAGUGAUCUUCGAAGUGUUAUUGCCUUAGACUUUGUUUAUGAUACAGAGAUCUUGGUAUGGUCAGAUGUUGCAGAAGAAUGCAUUAAGAGUGUCCCCAUUAAUACUGGCAGCCCAAUAACAAUACUUGUGAACGAUGAUAUUGGUACUCCUGACGGAAUUGCCAUGGACUGGAUUUAUAACCACAUUUAUUGGACAGACACACAAAAGAACACUAUUGAAGUGGCAGACAUGCAAGGAAACUUGAGAAAAGCUCUGAUUGUGGAAGGUCUUGAUGAGCCUAGAGCUAUAGUAGUGAAUCCUGUGGAUGGAUGGAUGUUUUGGACUGAUUGGGGAAAUCCAGCCAAGAUUGAACGUGCUGGCUUGGAUGGAUCACAUCGGGAAACUAUUGUCACUUCUGAUGUUCAGUGGCCUAACGGACUGGCAUUAGAUUUAGUGUCCAGGAAAAUAUUCUGGGUUGAUGCCAAACUUCAUACACUCAGUAGUGCAGACUAUUCUGGGGAUAAUCAACGAGUCAUUUUGUUUUCACCUAAACAUCUUAAACACCCUUUCUCUGUUGAUGUGUUUGAGGACUGGGCGUAUUGGACAGACUGGGAAUCCCAAGCCAUCCACAGAGUUAAUAAGUUUACUGGUAAGGAAAUAAGUAACGUGACUGUUGGUGUAUACUCUCCCAUGGAUGUGCACAUUUAUCACAAGUAUAAGCAGCCUAAUGGUGAGAACCACUGCAGUAAUCAGAAUGGAUAUUGUUCCCACCUCUGUUUGCCGUCACCCAACCUAACUCCAGAUUCUGCAAAGUUCAGAUGUGUGUGUCCUGAUAAUAUGGAACUUCAGAGUGAUCAAAGAACCUGCAUCACCACAGAAUCGGCUACAACAACAACAACAACUACUACUUCUCAGCCAAUAUCAUCCUCGUCUCCAGAACCUAACUCUAUACCUGUGUUGGACACUAGUAAUACAUCUAAGUCUACCUCCGUUUCUGAAGAUAUAAUGGAUCAUAACUCUUCCUUUGUGUACUUCUACAACUCUACAGAUCAAGAAACAAGUGUUCCUUCUGGUUCUUCUAAAGAGACAACUACACUGUCAGAGGCUACAACCUAUACUUCAGAGAUCUUGAGGAAUGACAGUAAUAAGCAGUUUCAGGAAGGUAAAAGUGAAACAUUCUCCUCGGAAUCUGACACUGGUAAAAUGGCUGGCAUCAUAAUUGCCAUCCUGGGGGGGCUUGUGAUCAUCAUUGCCCUGAUUGCAUUUCUGGUCUAUAAGCAGUAUAUUCGAAGGAAUGUAACAAGCAUGAAUUUUGACAAUCCAGUGUAUAGAAAAACAACUGAAGACCAGUUUAGUCUAGAUAAAAAUCAGUAUCAGCCAGCAAGGUCAUAUCCUCCAAGCAUGGAGCCUCUGACAUCUCCUGGCACUAAUGAAUUUGUAUGAACCUUACUCCAACUAGCACAGCUAAAACUUUCUUCCCUCGAGUAUUGGAACUGGUGAUGUUCAAAGAAGGUUUUGAAAUGCUCUUAAAUGUAUAUGUAUAUAAUAUUAUUAUUAUUUAAUUAGCACAGUAUCUGUAAUAAAAUAUGAGAGUCGUUGGCUGAAUUCACCUCUAUGUCAUAUUUAUAUGAUUUCAAAUGAUCAAACUAUGUACUUUUUUAAGAACAUCUCCAGAUCUAGCUAAAUUAAGGAGAGUGAAGUUAUUGCAAAAGUAGGAUUUAUUAUUUUGUCACCUAUUUAUUCUACUGUUUGUGAAGAUGGGAUUAGAAUUGGUUGUUUUACAAGUAAAGCGACUUUUGGUGCAAUAUGUAAAUGAUCGGUUGAUCAUCAAACUGCGCCCACGCUGUAUUUUCUAACGAAAACCACCCAUUGUAUU